AUGAGCGCCCAGAACACCACGGGCGUCUACACGGGCGUCUGGACCAACUGGUCCAGAGGUCGCAUCACCGGUUCAACUCUUACCUUGACCGCCGCCCACGGCGCGCUCCUCAUCGCUUUCCUGGCUUUCUUCAUAACGAUUAUCACUGCCGGCCUGUGGAAAAUCUUCACGUACAUCCUCUUCCAUAUCUUCUCCGCCAAGGCUCCGGAUGCUCGCGAUGGUCUGUACCACCGACGCCAGGCCAUUCUCAGGAACUCGCUGAAUCCGCUGAGCGGCCUCAUUUACCUCGCUCGGUCGAGCUGGGCCUGGCGCCAUAGCGCCAAGCGCAUGAAGCGUCGCAUGCUUCCGGUCAUCUUGUUUACGGCUAUCUGCAUUGCUCUGUUCUCUCUUGCCUCUGGCUUUUCAGCCAAGGUAGCGACAUCAUUUUCCAGUGAAGCGCUCAUCAGCAGCCCGGAUUGCCUCGUUGUUCCGUACCAAGUCGCUGAUGAGUCUAAUUCUUUUACUGACGAAGGGUCACGCAUCGACGCCAUUCAACAAGCCGAGUUCAGCCAUGAUCUCGCCAUAUAUGCCAAGGAAUGCUACAGCGACAGGCCGACGGACGCUAUGACGCCCUGCGAAAAGCUCUUGAAGCCGAAACUCGCCAUUCAUUCGAAUACCAGUGCAGCAUGCCCGUUCAGCAAUUCCAUUUGCCGUACCAACACCUCGAAUAUCUUCCUCGAUUCUGGCUUGUUGGAUAGCCAUGAAGAUCUCGGCCUCAACGCGCCACCCGAGCAGAGGUUCAAGUACCGUACUACCGCACACUGUGCUCCGCUCAACACACGCGGUCAUGUCGAGUAUAGUGCUACGACCGUUGACAAUGACACAUACGAGACGGCGCAGUACUUAUUUGGCGGCAUUACCAGUAACAUUACUUUCGAGGCGGCGUCGUCGUUCUGGCAAGCGUCUAUGUACGUGGCAAGUGUAUACCAACUCGGAACAUCGACAUGGUCUCCGGGGAACCCGGACGGCUCAGCCUGGAUCCCCAUACACGAACUAAAGCUCUCCGACGGCCUACUCGAUAUCAUCUGGCUUACUGCUAACGGUAUCAUAUACGAGGGUCCCGUUUCAGACCCUUGGUUCAAGACCGGCGCCGACAAGUUUAGCCAGACAAAUGUGGGCAUGUACGUGCGGGACGAACCAGCCUCCCCCAUGGCCUGCGUGCAGCGCGAGCAGUACUGCAAUCCGAACCUUCCUCUUUCCCAACAAUGCACUGCCCUCGUGGAUCCAUAUGAGGUCAAGGACCACGUCCUCGGGCUCUGGGGAAACGAUCCGGACUCCCAAAAUGCCAUGGCUUGGAUCAUGAUGACGAAGGACCGAUGUUCCUUCACCUUCGCCCGAAUCACCGGCGUGUUGCGCGACGCCUCCCUCCUCGCGUCACUCUCCAUGGACCGCAUCGGCUUUCAAAAGGCCCUGCCGGACGACCAGUGGCACGCCGAAGUGCGCUUUUGGUUUUCCGUCAAGCUCGCUGGUCUACAGCGCAUGUUCCUCUCCCUAGCGCGGACGCCAGACAACAGCUCCGCCUCCGUAUAUGGGGGCCUGUCCGAGGAGACAGUCGCCAGUGCCAGCAAACGGCUCUGCGGUAAUCAGAAAAUCCUCUCCGCCGACCACACAUCAUUCAACUUCGCCAUCCUCGUCGCCAUAUUCGUCGCCGGCACACUCAUCAUUGCUAUAGGCUGGAACCUCGACCGCCUAUACAACCUCUACGCCCGAUGCCGAGACCGUCGCCGCCGUAAAAACAACGACACUUUGCCAUUGUCGCUCGCAGGCACCGCGUAUGCUCAGUUGGAAUGGUGGGCCAGCGACGCGCUCCAGCUUCAACGUCUGGCACAUGAGAUGGUCGGGUCGGGCACGUGGGGUGGCAGGCUGGACAGCGCGCCCGUGACGACUGGCUGUGAUGAGAAGCUGGCAACGCUGGAUUUCGACGAGGAGCGCCGCCGGCCGUUGCUAAAACCGCUCUGUGGGAAUGGCGGUGCUUCUGACUCGGAUACACCUAGCCAAAAUGUUGAGAGUAAGGAUGGAGAGACGGAUGGUGAUGGUGGUUCUGUUGGGGCUGGUAAUGCGGCGCACUCCAGCGCAAUGUCUGUUUGA